AUGAGUUCUUUGAGGUUUAUAGGCAGUCUGUUAGGUAGGCUCACGAAACUCAGGUACCUCUUGUUUGGGGGGGCCAUAGCUGGAGGGACCUCCGCCUACCAGACUUUUGAGUCCUGGAAAGAUAAGCUACCAGGCCUAUCUUGGAUGAAGGACUAUUUUCCAGACAACGAACAGCUGAAUGAACUCAAACAAAAAUUCCUCGACUACACUAAUUCAGUUGAGAUGCCCCGAAUGCCUGAUUUCAAGGGGUACUUUCCCGAGGAAUACCCGAGCAAACUCAACUACAAACAACUGCAGCAGUUGGAAAGUGCAAAGAUUGAGGAACUACAUAAUCAGAUGAUGACUCAGCAAGUUGGAUGUUUUAACAUCGAAUUUCAAAAAGAGAUGGACAGAUUGAAGAGAGACAAUCGAGAACUUCGAAAAUCAUUAAUGCUGAAACACGCCAAAGACUCUAAAAAACGCCGCCUAAAACGUUCACUAAUUGACAUGUACUCGGAAGUUCUCGACGAACUGGCCGACUUUGACAGCAGUUACAACAUUCAGGACCAUCUCCCUCGUGUAGUGGUCGUCGGGGAUCAGAGUUCAGGUAAAACCAGCGUUCUUGAGAUGAUCGCACAGGCCAGAAUCUUUCCUCGAGGGUCGGGAGAGAUGAUGACAAGGUCGCCGGUGAAGGUCACCCUGAGUGAGGGGCCGUACCACGUGGCCAAGUUUAAAGACGGCCUCAAAGAGUACGACCUCACUAAGGAGUCCGAACUGGAAGCUCUCAGGCAGGAAAUAGAGAUGCGCAUGAAGUCGAGUGUCAGUGAUGGGCGUACUGUCAGUGGGGAGACCAUAUCAUUGACGGUGAAAGGCCCCGGACUGCACAGGAUCGUCUUGGUCGACCUGCCGGGAAUCAUCAGCACGGUAACCACGGGAAUGGCCGGCGACACCAAAGAUCGUAUAAGGCAGAUCUGCAAACAGCAUAUGGAAAAUCCUAAUGCUAUCAUUUUAUGCAUUCAAGAUGGCUCCAUAGACGCGGAAAGAAGUAACGUGACAGAUCUUGUUAGUUCUAUGGACCCCUCUGGCAAACGAACUAUCUUCGUCUUGACAAAAGUCGACGUAGCAGAAAACAAUCAGUACAACCCAGAUAGGAUUAGGAAGAUUCUAGAAGGGAGGUUAUUCCCUAUGAAAGCUCUUGGCUACUUUGCCGUAGUAACUGGAAAAGGAAAUAAUAACGAUAGUAUUCAAGAUAUCAAAGAUUAUGAGGAGCGGUUUUUCAAAUCGUCCUCUCUUUUCAAGAAUGGAGUUUUGAAAUCAUCGCAGAUGACGACUUAUAAUUUGAGUCUUGCUGUUUCCAAAUGUUUUUGGAAGAUGGUAAGGGAGGCAAUUGACCAGCAGGCUGAUUCUUUUAAAGCAAUGAGAUUCAAUUUGGAGACAGAAUGGAAGAAUACGUUUCCGAAAAACAGAGAACUAGACAGGGAUGAGUUGUUUGAGAAGGCAAGAGGUGAAAUACUGGAUGAAGUCAUCAAUCUCUCUCUUAUACCACCUCAGCACUGGGAGGAGACAUUUCGAAAAAAUUUGUGGAAAAGUUUUUCUGACGAAGUUUUCAACAAUAUAUACCUACCCGCCUCUCUAGUUUUCAAUACCACUGUCGACAUCAAACUGAAAAAAUGGGCAGAAAAGUCGCUGCCGUCAUUAUCUGUCCAGGUCGGCAGAGCCACCGUCCAAUCAGAAUUCAGGAAAUUAUUGCUGCCUGAUAAAACUGACGGUGACCCGAUUUUUAAUGAAAUCAAGAGCGAAGUUAGCAAAGAACAGCAUGCCUGGGAUAAGAAAGCAGAAGAAAGCCUUCGUGUGAUCCAGAUGAAUACAUUGGAAGAUAGAGACAUCAGUGACAAAUCGCAAUGGGACAGCGCUAUCAAAUUUAUGGAGGUCGUCGUCAAGGAAGAACUCGUCAAAGCUGAACAGGAUUUCAACAAGAUGAUUGGUCCUAGCAAACGUGAUCAAUGGCUGCAUUGGAUGGCCAGCAGGACGGAGGAAGAGAAUUUGAGAAGGGCAGUAGUCAGAGAGCUGGAGAAGCUGAUCGUCGGGAAGGUCAAAAUGCCAAUCGAAUUAAGCAAGGACGAUCUAACGGCGAUCCGGAAGAAUCUCGAGAACCAGUCCGUGCAGGUUGAUGACGUCAUCAUCAAGGAUACCUGGUCACGUGUUCAUAAGCUGACGUCACUGAGGAAGGCCAUGUCGCAGACUGUUGAAUGUCGACGGGGGUUUUAUUAUUACAAGAAGGGCUACAUGGACGAUGAAACGGCGAACUGCAGUGAUGUCGUCUUCUUCUGGAGGAUAGAGAGGAUGCUGCAAGCAACCACUAAUGCCCUUCGACAGCAUCAGAGAAUAAAGAAUGCAUUGAACGAGAUUGGAGAUGACAAGAGCAAACUCGAAAUGAUUUUGAAUGGCAAAAGAGUUUCUCUGGCUGAAGAAUUAAAACGCGUUAGGCAGAUUCAAGAGUUGUUGGAGGAAUUUAUCCAAGCCCUCAACAAAGAAAAACCUUAA